AUGUGCAUCAAAUCACUCUCCACCGACCGGGUCCAGCGCUGCGCAGCCUGGGAAGCCGAGGCGCGCCGCGCGGAGCGCAGCUGCUUCCUGUGCCGCCGCAGGCGCAAGGUCUGCGACGUGCAGGUCGUCGUGCCCAUGGACCGGCGCGCCCAGGAGACCAGCGACAGGCGUGUGGUCCAGCACGCCCACGACCUGCUGAACGGCGGCCCCGGCAAGGCCAAGCAGCAAAAAGCCCGCUGGAAGGUCCAGGACCGACAGCGACCGCAAUGUCCCGCGGCGCCACCGACGAGGCCAGCCCGGCCGCCGCCGGCCCUGCAACCGGGCCACGUCGCCAUGCAGCAGCAGCAACAGCAGCAGCAGCAGCCAAGGCCGAUGAAUGGCUACUACUACAACAACAGUAGCAGUAGCAGGACCAGUGGGCGCCCGGUCGGACAGCAGCGCAUCGCGAUUCCCAUGUCCAAGUACUCGACGCUGGCCAACGCCAGGCCGUCGCCCAUGCCACAGGUGCCGCCGCCGCCGCCGCCGCCGACCGCGCCUGUGGGACAUAGGCCGACGAGGGAAAGGCGGGCUACACAGCACCCGGUGGCGGCCGCGCGCAAUGUGUCUCCGAUCGAGCAGUCUGAUCUCAGGACAUUCACGCCGUCGCCGGUAAGUCCCGUAGCCAUGGUCAAGGUGAGAUAUGGCAAGUCCUACUUUGAUAUUGACUAG